GGCGGCGGCGGAAGUCGGCGGCGGGGCUGGGUGAGGCACGGCUGCGCCCCCGCCCCUCGCCCCCACCGAGGAGCCGCCUCCCCUCCUACCCCUCCUCCGCCCACCCUGCCCCGGCGCGCCCGCCAGCCCCGACCGACGCACGCACGGACGGACGGACAUCGCUGCGCCGCCGCCCCGGUUCCCCCCACCCCCCACAGCCAGGUUGUUACUGGCAGAAGAACCAGGAUUCAGAUCUCAGUGGAACUUGCUUUCAAAAGCUGUUGAAACAAAGGACUGCUUUCUAAUUUGGACAUGGCUAAUCGAGGAGCAACAAGGCCCAACGGGCCAAAUGCUGGAAAUAAAAUUUGCCAAUUCAAACUAGUACUUUUAGGAGAGUCUGCAGUUGGCAAAUCAAGUUUGGUGCUUCGUUUUGUAAAAGGACAGUUUCAUGAAUUUCAAGAAAGUACGAUUGGAGCUGCUUUUCUAACCCAGACUGUAUGUCUGGAUGAUACAACGGUAAAAUUUGAAAUUUGGGAUACAGCUGGGCAAGAGCGGUACCACAGUUUAGCACCCAUGUACUACAGAGGAGCACAAGCAGCUAUCGUGGUAUAUGACAUUACAAACGAGGAGUCCUUUGCCAGAGCGAAAAAUUGGGUCAAAGAACUUCAGCGACAAGCAAGUCCUAACAUUGUAAUAGCUUUAGCAGGAAACAAAGCUGAUCUAGCUAACAAAAGAGCUGUGGAUUUCCAGGAAGCACAGGCUUAUGCAGAUGACAACAGCCUAUUGUUCAUGGAGACAUCUGCCAAAACAUCUAUGAACGUAAAUGAAAUAUUCAUGGCAAUUGCAAAAAAAUUGCCCAAGAAUGAACCACAGAAUGCAGGAGCCAGCUCUGCCAGAGGAAGAGGAGUAGACCUUACUGAACCCACACAACCACCCAAGAGUCAAUGUUGUAGUAACUAAAAGAUCAAUUGCUUUAAACUGUUCUGAAUAUUCUUCUGCUUCCUAACUGUUAAUAACCAUGGAAUUGGAGUGCUUAACCUGGUCCAGUACAGCUUCCAAACAGCGAAGAGACUUAUGAUAAUACUCAAGUUCAUGAUACAGAGUUUUCUUUUGACCUAAAAUUUUAACGUGCAUGUAUCCACCACUGGCUGUAAUGUUUCAGCAGUAGAGGAGAGAUGGAAGCGGAAUAAACUUCCUUCAGUUGAAAGGUUUUAAAAAUCAGUUGUUAUUAUUAGGGGUGUAGAAGAACUACUUUCUGUGGACCUAAUUGGCCAGUUCCUGUAGCCUCAAUACUGAUCACUGUUAUAAUAAAUAGAAUUGGGUCUUUUCAUAAUUCUCAAAUGUGCUUUAAAACUUCCUUAGAAACACGGUCUAAAAAUUGCUUAAACUUAUUUGCAGUAUUGAUGCAACCAGUUGUUUCUGCAGGUAUCCACUGUUUAGUUAUACAUUCCAUAGGUUAAUAAUUUUAUUACAAAUAAUACUUGCAUUAACAAUUUUAAGAAUCCUAUGCUUGCCAGAAAGUGGAGUUUUAGUUGGUACACUGUAUGUAAAUUAUAUCAACCCAGUUAGUUAUCUUAAUGAAUUAGUGAUGAAUCAAGUCUAACUUAAUUUCUAAUCUGUCCAGAGGGUACAGACCAGUAAAUUCAACUCUACAACUUAGGAUAUGGGGUUUUUUGUCCUCUACAAACUGUAAGAGCUCUUCAAGUAAAACCACAACAAACUCGGUGUCUGUGACUUCUUUCUUGUUUCUGAUCAUUGCUGGCCAUUGCAGUUUGUUUUUCCCCUAAGGAAAAAAAAAUAGUGCACUAAUGAUUAUGUACAUCCAACUUAAUUUUAAAUUUGGAUAUUAAUGUACUGUAAAUAGGUACUCUGCAUUGUAGUCUACAUUUGUUUAAUACUUUCUGUAAUAUUUAAGAGUUGCUUAAAAGUAUACAGAAUGUACAGUUACUUAAAGCUAACUUUUUUCCUCUCUAAUCAAAGGGGGUUCUGAGUUCUUCCUUUAUGGCUAGAACAGUAAUAAAUGAUGCUCCUGUAUCUGUAACAUAAGUACUGCUGUCUGUCAGUAAUGAACUUCGCAACUUUGUUUUCCAAAGUACAUUUUAUUUUGAUCAGUCCAGUAUAUUGCACUAAUUCUUUUAGUUAUUUUCAUUAUAUGAAAUCUACAAAGUGUGUCAGAAGAGAUGAAUUAGUCUAUUUAAAUGUUGAACUGAUAGAAACUUACUUGUGCAGAUUUUAAAUUUGCAGUAAUCUGGGUUUAGCAAGAAAAACGACAGUUCACCAGUGUUUAGUUUUAUAUUGAGGUGCUCAGGUUUGAAUAAAGUGGUUUAAAAAAAUUUGGA